AUGCAAUUCUAUAAGAAUCAAGGUAUUAAAGAGUAUAAGUUUGUGCCUAUCUAUGGCUGGCUUAAGGAUAUUCUUUUUCUCAAGAAGAAUCAAUGGAAUGACUCUCUUUAUUAAUUCAAACGUAUCAGCCAAGAUCCUGAGUUUAAAGAUGAAGAUAUUCUUCUUGGAAAUGUUGCUAAUUAAGCAUUCCUAACAUUAAUAAAACCAGAAUUGAUAAACGAAUUUCUUUAGAGAUAAAACGAAUAUGAAAAAUAUUCAGUACCUUUGAGAGGUGUAAUGAACUUUUUAGGAAACGGUUUAGCAAGAAUCUAUGGCGAUAAAUGGAAAAAAAGCAGAAAAGUUAUCUCAAAUAUGUUUACUUUUGAAAACAUUACUGCUCAAGUUGGAAGAAUAAAAGAAGUCUCACGCAAAUACAUUAAUAAUGAAAAUCCUGAAAAAUUUAAUAUUAAGUAUGUCUUUGAAAAGAUUUCUGGAUCUUAAGAUCUUUAAGUUUUACUUGGUGCUGAAGUAGAAAAAUACAAAGAUAGCCAAGGAAGACACCUUGGUGAAUGCAUUGAGUAGUUAUCAAGUGACAUUUGCAUUCAUUACAUAUCACCUUUUGCCAUGAUUUUUGGUUAAAAAAUUCUUACUUGGAAUUUGAGAGAAUCAGAUCGCUACAUUUCAAAGCGAAUGAAAGAUAUGCGUUAAUUUAUGACCUAAAUCUUAACUGACUGUGUAAAUCGUGAAAAAGACCCCACAUAUCAAGCUAAAUAUCCAAGCUAUAUUACCUUUUUACUAAAAGCUGGAUAUUUACAAAAGGAAGAAGAAAUCAAUGAACUACUAGCUACUUCAUUCAGUCUCUUUAUGGCCGCCAAAGAUACCACUAGCAAAUUAACAAGCAUGGCUAUAUACAACUUGAUUAAGCACCCUGAAUAAUAUAAAUUAGUAUUUGAAGAGAUUCAAAAAUAUGUAAGCCAUGACGAUUAUGAUUACAAUGACCUUUAAAAAUUAAGUCACUUACAUGCUAACCUCAAAGAAACUUUGAGAAUGGACCCUUCUGUGCCUUUUAUAUUAUCAAGAGUUGCAUAAGCUGAUCAUAUGCUUGGAAAAUAUAAAAUCAAAAAGGGAACUAUAAUAAAUAUUGGCUAUUUAUGUAACUUAUACAAUGAAAAAUACUUCAAAGAUCCCUUUAAUUACAAUCCAAGCCGCUGGCUUGAUAACGAAGAAGAUAUGAAAAUGAAGGAAAACCAUUUUGUUUUUAUUCCAUUUUCUGCUGGACCAAGAAACUGCAUCGGUUAACAUUUAGCCAUGAUGCAAAUGAAAGUUAUGAUAGUCGAAUUCAUCAAAAAAUUCUAUCUUCCAUAAAUUCCUAAAGAUUAUGAUGAUGAAAAAAUUUUGACUUAAUCUUACGGCUUUAAAAAUCCUCUUACAGUAAAACUACAAGUUAGAAACUGA